UCAGACCGUAAACAAUUGUGAUCUUCCUCGGCAUUACGCAAAUAAACCAUGUGCCCUUCCCCACCCAAACCCUUCCACUUCCACGGACCAAGAACUAGUCGUAUAUAUCAACAAUGAGGACAUGAUUUUUGAAGGCGGGCAGCUUUUCUCCAUUACUUUGUUUUUAUUCUCCCUGCAGAGCAUCUCCCUGUACGAAAGAAAAACCCCACACCCUCACCCUCACUCACAUCCACCACCUAUCCCUAUGCUGAGUUUUAAGUACAAAGGCUUGAUUUUUCAAGCCUUGUAUUUAGUGUUGGUUGAAUAUGCUGCCUCACAGCUCGUACGCAAUAAUUUCACUACCAGCAGCAGCAUUACUAGAAGUAGAGAGGUGCUAGCCGCGGGUGGUUGCAAUCUGUUUCAAGGCAGAUGGGUUGUGGAUCCUUCAUAUCCUCUCUAUGAAUCCUCAAGCUGCCCCUUCAUAGACCCGGAAUUUGAUUGCAUAAAGUAUGGCCGCCCUGAUAAACAGUAUCUCAAGUUUUCUUGGAAACCAGACUCCUGCGACUUGCCCAGGUUUAAUGGGGUGGAUUUUCUGAAGAGAUGGAGUGGGAAGAAGAUAAUGUUUGUGGGCGACUCACUGAGUUUGAAUCAGUGGGAGUCUCUUGCCUGUAUGAUUCAUGCUUCUGUCCCCAACUCUAAGACCAGCUACGUGAGACAGGAGUCGCUUUCGUCCGUGACAUUCCAGGAUUACGGAGUUACCCUACUACUCUACCGAUCGCCGUACUUGGUAGAUAUAACAAGAGAAAGCAUUGGGAGAGUAUUGAAGUUGGACUCGAUUCAGCAAGGCAAUGCAUGGAGAGGAAUGGACAUGCUCGUAUUUAAUACGUGGCAUUGGUGGACUCACAAAGGAAAAGCCCAAUCAUGGGACUAUAUCCAAGAUGGCUCCACCAUAUCUAAAGACAUGAACCGUCUUGUGGCAUUUUACAAAGGCUUAACAACAUGGGCUCGAUGGGUUGAACUUAAUGUCGAUCCUACAAAAACCAAAGUCUUCUUCCAGGGGAUUUCUCCUACUCACUAUCAGGGUAGGGACUGGAAAUCAGCAUCAGGGAACUGCAACGGUGAGCAACAGCCAUUAACAGGGUCAACAUAUCCAGCAGGGACACCGCCGGAGGUUCAGGUUGUUAAUAAAGUAUUAAGCAGGAUUAAGAAACCUGUGUAUUUGCUCGACAUAACAACUCUGUCCCAGUUAAGAAAAGAUGCUCAUCCAUCUGCUUACAGUGGUGAUCAUUCUGGGGUGGAUUGCAGCCAUUGGUGCCUCCCUGGGUUGCCAGAUACCUGGAACCAGCUGCUCUAUGCAGCUCUUGUGAUGUGAUUCGAGUCAUAGCAAGAUUGGGUUUAUAUUUGUUGUCUAUAAUUGUUUUUAAUUUAUUUCAAUCCUUUUUACUGUAGACUCACUGUAAUACUAAGAAAUCACAUAUGAUUAGUUGUGAGUUGGAGCAAUAAGGAAGAUGAUGAUUCAACUGUAAAAUAAUCAAGGUCAUUGAAUUUAUUUGAUUGUGGGAGAAAGCAGAUAAUGUA